UAAACCAAAGUGUUGUCGUUUACAAUCCCUGGCAGGUCACCUCCUCUCCGCCGUAACACGGCACCAGAAUCACAAACACACAUACACUCGAACUCCACCAUUCUGCAAAUCGGAAUUCCGACGCUGAAUCCCUAGAAGCGGGAGAUCAUAACAAAUCGAAGAAGCUAAAACACCAACUGGUUCGUUGAGUUUAGAGAGCGAAAAAGAUAAUAGAAAGUUUGUAGUUUUGAAGCAAAUGACGAUUCAUUCGGCUGUUAUUCAAAAGCUUCUAAGCACAAACGCUCACUUAGGUCGCCGAGUAGCUGAGAACCAUUUCAAAAUCUACACUUAUGGCGCUCGAAAUGGAAUGACGAUUAUCGACUCUGACAAAACCCUUGUUUGCUUACGUAGCGCCUGCAAUUUUAUUGGGAAUCUUGUUCGUGAAAAUGGUAGGUUUCUGUUCGUGAACACCAAUCCAUUAGUUGACGAAAUCAUUGAGCAGAUGAUUAAAACCACUGGCUGCCGCAAUGACAACUCGUGGCGUCUUGGAGGGUUUCUAACCAACAGUUUGAGCCCCAAAAAGUUUCGUUCUAGGAAUAAGAAGUUCAAUCUGACGUCCGUUUAUCCGCCAGACUGUGUGGUGAUUUUCGAUACGGAAAGGAAGUCUUCUGUGAUUCUUGAAGCUUCUAGGUUGCAGAUUCCAAUCGUCGGGUUGGUGGAUCCAAGUAUGCCACUGGAAACAUAUAAGAAAAUCACAUACCCUGUCCCAGCAAACGAUUCAGUGCAGUUUGUGUAUUUGUUCUGCAACCUGAUUACAAAAACCAUCCAAUACGAGCAAAAGAAGCUUGCUGCAGCUAAAGGAAAGGUAACCAAAGAAGAAGAACCGAAAAUUGGAGAGGCUGCUCAACGAAUUGAAAAGAUUAAAAUAAAUGGUACAGAUGAUGAGUUGUUCCUCCUAUCAUAUGAAAGCUUAUUGCCUGUUUCUUCUGAUCCCUUAAAGAUUACAGAGCUGUUGGACAAACUUGUUAUAUUUAAGAUCAAUGACAAUGAAGGGACAAAGAUGGGUUUUAAUGGGCCAAAAUCUGCUAUUGAGAUAUCUAAUGGAGUGACAUGUCUAGACUUACUUGUCAAUUAUAUUGAGUCUCUGAAUGUAAAAUACGGAUGCAACAUUCCUUUGAUUCUGAUGAAUGCUGCAAGCACACAUAAUGAAACCUUGAAGAUUUUGGAGAAACAAUCCGGGAAAAAUAUAAGUUGUGUAGUGAAGGAUCAAGUUCCAGAGAAUAAUGUCAAAGGAAGUUCUAAGGAUAAACCACUGUAUGCUUUUGAUCAGAAGGAGGCUAUUCUUUCCUUGAAGAAGAGUGGCAAACUUGAUGAAUUAUUAUUACAGGGUAAAGAGUACAUCUUGUUGCUGAACUCAGAUAAUUUGGCUCAAGUUGUGGACCCAAAGAUUUUAAAUCAUCUUAUCCAGAAGAACAUUGAGUAUUGCAUGGAGGUGUCACAAGUUUCAAGUGAAGGGGAAACUAGUGGAACUAAUCAAUCAGAAGAAAAGUCUAAGAUCACCAAUAUGAUGAACUCGUGGAUAAACAUCGAAGCCAUCAACAAGGACAUUCAUCUCAAAACAAAGCUAUUCGGUGUAACUGUUCCUGCAUCUAGAAACCUUUCAUUGGAGGAGACAUCGGAUUUACUUAUCUUUAAGUCUGAUCUUUACACAUGUGAUAAUGGUAUUCUUACACGCAAUGAAGCCAGAACAAACCCUGCAAAUCCUGCUAUAAAAUUAGGUCCCGAAUUCCAAAUGGUAUCCGACUUUGAAAGUCGGUUUAAGUCGAUUCCAAGCAUUAUUGAGCUUGAUGAUUUGAAGGUGAAUGGUGAUGUUUUGUUUGGAAGUGAUGUCAUCCUUAAGGGAUUUGUUACCAUCAAUGCAAGACCAGGUGAGAAAAUUAUAAUCCCUGAUGGAGCUAUGCUGGAAAACAAGGUCAUCAAUGGGCAACAAGAUCUCUUGUCCUCUUAAACCAAAACUCAACAUAAAGGCAAAAUCCAAAUGGCUUUUUGUCUCAAUAAGCUACGCGUGUGGGAGAAAAGACUUUGAUGCUUACAAAUUUGCAAAAGUAUACAAACAUUUUGUUUUGUCUCAAUUCAUGAGUAUGCUAAUAAUGGUAAUCUAUCACCAUCAUAACAUAUAAUCCUUAGAAGAAUUUGCCAAAAACACAAUUUUUGUUCAUUUCCCCUUCUUUUCACUAAAUCAUGAGGUUUUUUUUCAAUCAUAUUUUUGUUUUACUUUCAUUCUUGUAUGAUUGGAUCAUGAUAUCAAUGUCUUGUAAUAUCACAUCAUUUAGGGAUUUACAAAGGGUUGUGUUGGUAUAUCA